CGUUUCUUUCAUAGUCGUUACGAAAGAACGAACACUCCGGGUCUGUCCGUCUCUACAUCUGAUAUCUCGCAGAUCUGAGAAAAGCUUCUAUUCCGACGGCCAUUUAACACCUCUAACUCUGAGGAUCUCCGGCAUCCGAUCAAAGCUUCUCUCAACUCGCCUAUUUACCUCUCAUAGCAUCGCCGGCCAUAAAAACAUUCCGGCAUUCUAUCCAGUAAUUAAUGUGAAAUGGAGAAGUCGUGCUCUUUGCUAAUACAUUUUGACAAGGGCACACCAGCUCUUGCCAAUGAGAUCAAGGAAUCCCUAGAAGGCAAUGAUGUUCCAGAAAAGAUUGAAGCCAUGAAAAAAGCCAUCAUGCUUUUGUUAAAUGGCGAAACCAUACCCCAUCUAUUUAUAACAAUUAUUAGAUAUGUAUUGCCUUCUGAGGAUCAUACUAUUCAGAAAUUGCUGUUGCUGUAUUUGGAGAUCAUUGAUAAGACAGACUCCAAGGGGCGUGUGCUGCCUGAGAUGAUUCUGAUCUGCCAAAACUUAAGGAACAACUUGCAGCACCCAAACGAAUACAUUCGUGGAGUUACUUUGAGGUUCCUUUGCCGGCUGAAUGAGGUUGAUAUCAUUGAGCCUCUGAUUCCUUCCAUCAUGAGCAACCUAGAACACCGACAUCCAUAUGUACGAAGGAAUGCAAUUCUUGCUGUGAUGUCUGUUUACCAGCUUCCACAAGGAGAACAGCUUUUGGCAGAUGCACCUGAGAAAAUUGAGAAUGUUCUCUCUUCUGAACAGGAUCCAUCGGCUAAGAGGAAUGCGUUUUUGAUGCUUUUCAAUUGUGCUCAGGAACGUGCAGUUAAUUAUUUAUUUACCCAUGUGGAUAGAAUUCUAGACUGGGAUGAGUUACUUCAAUUGGUUGUCUUGGAUUUGAUUCGAAAAGUUUGCAGGACUAACAAAGCAGAGAAAGGGAGGUACAUAAAGAUUAUCAUAUCUUUGCUGAAUGCCCGCUCUGCUGCUGUUGUCUAUGAAUGUGCUACAACUCUUGUUUCUUUGUCUUCAGCCCCUACAGCUAUACGAGCUGCAGCCAGUACUUACUGCCAACUUCUUCUCUCCCAGAGUGACAACAAUAUUAAGCUUAUUGUGCUUGAUCGACUUAAUGAACUGAAAUCUUCCCACAGAGAUAUUAUGGUUGAUAUGAUAAUGGAUGUUCUUAGAGCACUCUCCAGCCCAAACCUGGACAUUCGGAGGAAAACAAUUGAUAUUGUUCUUGAGCUUAUCACUCCUCGUAAUAUAAAUGAGGUUGUCCUUACCCUUAAAAAAGAAGUCAUGAAGACUCAAAGCGGGGAGCUUGAGAAGAACGGGGAAUACCGCCAAAUGCUCAUCCAAGCCAUUCACUCUUGUGCAAUAAAAUUUCCAGAAGUGGCAAGCACAGUGGUACAUCUACUGAUGGAUUUCCUGGGAGACAGCAAUGUUGCUUCUGCUAUUGAUGUGGCUGUCUUUGUGAGAGAGAUAAUUGAAACUAACCCAAAAUUACGGGUUUCCAUUGUUACUAGGUUACUUGACACUUUCUAUCAGAUCCGAGCUGCACGUGUCUGUUCCUGUGCACUUUGGAUCAUUGGGGAGUAUUGCCUUUCUCUUUCUGAAGUUGAGAGUGGGAUUGCAACCAUAAAGCAGUGCCUUGGUGACCUCCCAUUUUACUCUGCUUCUGAAGAAGGCGAAAGCGCUGAUUCAUCAAAGAAGCCUCAACAAGCGAACUCCAUCACUGUUUCUUCUAGAAGACCAGCUAUACUUGCUGAUGGGACCUAUGCUACUCAAAGUGCAGCCUCUGAAACUGCUUUCUCUCCUCCAAUAGUUGCCCAAGGAUCUUUGGCUAAUGGCAACUUGAGAACUCUUCUUUUGACUGGUGACUUUUUCCUAGGGGCAGUUGUUGCAUGCACACUGACAAAGCUGAUUUUGAGACUGGAAGAGGUUCAACCAUCAAAAAUUGAAGUGAACAUAGCCAUGACUAAUGCAUUAUUGAUCAUGGUCUCAAUUAUUCAGCUAGGGCAGUCCUCAGUUCUUCCUCACCCAAUUGAUAAUGAUUCUAAUGACAGGAUUGUGCUUUGCAUAAGAUUGCUAUGUAACACAGGAGAUGAUGUCAGAAAGAUCUGGUUGUCAUCUUGCAGAGAGAGCUUUGUUAAAAUGCUUUCAGACAAACAACUAUGUGAGAUUGAGGAGAUUAAAGCAAAGGCUCAAAUCUCUCACUCUCAACCAGAUGACCUCAUUGAUUUCUAUCAUUUGAAAAGCAGGAGGGGCAUGAGCCAAUUGGAAUUAGAAGAUGAAAUCCAAGAUGAUUUGAAACGUGCUACUGGAGAAUUUGUCAAGGAUGACAAUGAUGCCAAUAAACUAAAUCGUAUUCUUCAACUUACUGGAUUUAGUGACCCAGUUUAUGCUGAGGCCUAUGUGACAGUUCACCAUUAUGAUAUUGUCCUGGAUGUUACAAUAAUCAACAGAACCAAGGAGACCCUUCAGAAUUUAUGCUUGGAAUUAGCAACUAUGGGUGAUCUGAAACUUGUUGAACGACCUCAGAAUUAUACUCUGGCUCCUGAGUCAAGCAAGCAGAUAAAAGCAAAUAUUAAGGUCUCCUCAACAGAGACUGGAGUCAUUUUUGGUAAUAUUGUGUAUGAGACCUCAAAGGUGCAUGAACGGACUGUUGUUGUGCUAAAUGACAUUCAUAUUGAUAUCAUGGAUUACAUCUCCCCAGCUGUGUGCAGUGAUACUGUGUUUAGAACUAUGUGGGCAGAAUUUGAGUGGGAAAACAAGGUCGCUGUAAAUACUGUUAUUCAAAAUGAGAAAGAGUUUCUGGACCAUAUUAUCAAAUCAACCAAUAUGAAAUGCUUGACUGCUCCGUCUGCUCUAGAAGGUGAAUGUGGGUUUCUUGCUGCAAACUUGUACGCAAAGAGUGUCUUUGGAGAGGAUGCUUUGGUCAAUGUGAGCAUUGAGAAACAAACAGAUGGGAAGCUUAGCGGCUAUAUAAGGAUUAGGAGCAAAACUCAAGGAAUUGCUCUCAGCUUGGGGGACAAGAUCACUCUCAAGCAGAAAGGAGGCAAUUGAUCUAGUCUUGUGAUAUUUGAGUCAGCCAUACAUGUAUAUCGUUUUUUUGGGUACAUCUGAAUCUGAUAGGGGACGAUGCCAACGGUGAUGGGCUUCAAAUUCAAGUUUACCCCUGGAAAAGGGUAUAACUUAACACUAAACUACACCCUGAAUCCCAUAUAUGCAUAUUCGUUCUAUAGACCUUUGAUCUUUGGUGAUAUUGUGUCUGUCCUAUAUAUGUCUCGCAUUUUCACAGAACUCCAGUUACUUUAUGGAACUAAACCAGUAAACCCCUCAUUAUUAAGCUUAAUCCUUGUCUGCUAUUUGCUGUAUAUGAAUUUUAUGCUUCAGAUUCUUUAUUUUGGUGUUGAGAAAACUUCUACAAUAUGUAUUACUGACCAUGUUUCUAUGUUGUCAUUAAAAUGAACUCAGGAUUUUUGGAUGAAA